CAGACCUCUCUGUGCUUUACAAUGCUUCCCUAUGCUUCACCAGACCUCUCUGUGUUUAAUUACUCUCCCCAGCUAGUCAUGGAAGCUUUCAGCUCGAAGGACGUUGCCAUGCAGGUUCAGAAGAAGAUUCUGAGCCGCAUGGCCGGCAAGUCGAUGGUCCACAUGUUCGUGGACGACACGAGCAGCGAGAUCCUGGACGAGCUGUACCGCGUGUCCAAGGAGUACACGGGCAACCGGGGAGAGGCUCACAAGAUCAUGAAGGACCUGGUGAAGGUGGCGGUCAAGAUCGGAGUCCUCUACAGACACAACAAGUUCAGUGCGGAGGAGCUGCAGCUGGCGGACGAGUUCAAGAGGAAGCUGCAUUUCGGAGCAAUGACAGCGAUCAGCUUCUACGAGGUGGAAUUCACCUUCGACAAGGCUGUGAUGUCAGAGAUACUCACCGACUGUCGGGACAUGCUUUUAAAACUGGUGGACAAACACCUCACCCCCAAAUCCCACGGGAGAAUCAACCACGUUUUCAACCACUUCUCCGACAAAGAGCUCCUGACCCAGCUCUACAACUCCAAGGGCCCGUUCUGGGGGCACCUUCAAAAGAUCUGCACGGCUAUGAACAAACUGGUGGAGGAGGGCAAGCUAUAGGGCGCCCCCUUGUGGAGACAGGGUGGAACUGCUACUGAAAAAAAAGACCAUACUUUUUUUUUUUUUUUUUUUUUUUUUUUGUAAUUCAGCAGACGCUUUUAUCCAAAGCCUAGGGGGGUGCACUAUGCAUUUACUGCUGCUGCAGAGUCGCUUCCAAUAGGACCUCGUUUGUUUUCCGAAGGACGGAGCACAAGGAGGUUCAGUGACUUGCUCAGGGUCCCGCACAGGGAGUCAGUGGCUGAGCCGGGAUUGGAACCUCCUGGUAUCGACCCGCUGGACCAGCGAGCCUCUAUUCGUUUUACGGACUUGACAAGAAUGGAAAUCUGUUUUAAAUGCAGAAUAUCCACAGAACUCGGAAUUCUAGGCUAUUUUUUUAUUUUUAAUUUUUUUUUAAAUACCAAUAUUUGAUCUGAAAUCUAAUGCAAAUCUGCUCAUUUGUAAUGUAUUCUAUUUUUUAUUUUUUUUUGUGUGAUUUAGGUUUGUCUUUUUAGUCAGGACCUGAUAUAAGUAGUUGAUAUAUAGUAAUUGAUAUCUGUGACCGGGAGACUGAACUAAUUUCAACACAGUAUAGCUUUCUGUAUUGUUAAAAAAAAAUUGAUUUGGUUAAUCCCUUUAAAUGUUAUUUGUUUUGUCAUAUUAUUAUUAUUAUUAUUAUUAUUAUUAUUAUUAUUAUUAUUAUUAUUAUAGUUUAAUAACGCCGCUGGAAACUUUCAUUCUCCUCGCAGAUCGCUGCAUGUUUUAAGUUUGUAAAGCCCUUUGUAGUUUUCAUUUUUGAGAUCAGUUACUGUAAAAUGCGACCAGGACAGACCCCAGCGAAGAUGUUCUCGCUAAGGAAAGAAAUCCCUUAGCAUUCCCUGCUCUAAACCUCCAUUCUCUCCAGAUCCCGUCAGAGCAGUGAGUGAUAUACAGCCCUGGCUAAAAGUGUUGCAUCGCCUAGAAUCUUAGGAUUGAGACAAAAAAACUACCUGAACACGAUUUUGAUCUUUUAUUUAACCUCGUGUCAUCAAAGGAACUGCUAUCGCAAAAGCCUACCUGAAGGAAUAGCAGCACAGUGUUCAACGUUAGAUUUUGUUCCGUUU